AUGCCCGCCAAAACGUAUCUCCUACUAGUGUACGGUUGUUUUCUCGAGUAAAAUUUUGUGAAUUUAUUACAGUUUGAAAUCUCAUUUUAUUGAAUUUGAUAAUACUUAAAUAAAAAAUGGACAACACUAUAAGUUCCACCAUUGAGAUGAUCAAAUUACAAGAACAAGAAAAGGAAGCUAAAUUGAAAGAAAAACGUGAAAUCGAAAUGACACUGGUUUCACUAAGUCGAGCUGUUCGAGAUACAUUACAACAUACAGAAAAAUUGAUUAAGGAGGAAAACGAAAUACUCACGAAAAUUCAUAGAAUGAAAGCAGAGCUGGAAGUGGCCAGAGUACGACGAGAUGCUUUCCUUGCUCAGUUGAAAGCAAUUCAAAAAGAGCUCGAAAAAUCAAGGAUUAAAUCAGAUCAAGGUAUCUCAAAGGUUUGGGAGAUGCGUUCGUCUCUUUGCGACACUGUCCAAAAGGUGUCCGAUGCGUGUGACGUUUGGGCUUUACUCGUACGACCAACUUGCACUGAUAUUCCCCGUAUUAUUAAAAAAACAGAUUUUGUUGAACCAAAGUUGGUCAAUGAGGAGAGGCUAAAAAAUGCAUUGGAAAAACGGGAUAGUGUUCGGGCCGAGAGGGAUCGUCUCUUGGCUGAACCUGAUGCUGGAGAAGAAUUUGUUCGAAUAAAAAACGCUUUAAGAUAUUCCUUGGAAAUGACUUCUAAUUUACAAAAUUGAAUACUAGUUCGUUGGAAGAAAGCAAGUAAAAAAAGUUAUAUCAUAUUAAUGUUAUAUCCAUGUCUGUUAUCUAUUUUUCUACCUUUGGUCAUGUCUGCCACUGUCACUCUGACGAGUGUCACUCAGUUAAUUUAAACAUUUUUGGAUUUUGGAUCUAUUUUAAUAUAAAGGAUAACACAAAUAUAUCAAUAAUUUAAUGAAA